AUGACUAGUAGAUCCAGAAGGUCCAAAAGGAUCACCCGCCCCAAUCCUAAUAAUGAGGUGGAUUCCCCUGUUCUUGCUCCUAUUGGUACAUCGAAGGGUAGAAGUAGAGGUAGAGGCAGAGGCAGAGAUAAAGGGCACACCAGAGGCAGAAACAGUCAGGAAGAUAACAAUACAAACCAAGGAGAAUCUAAUUCCAAGAACAUGAAUCAGGAACAGAUGCCUCAACCAGAGUAUGUGACUAGAGACAUGUUGGCCGAAGAAAUGGGAAAGCUAAGGGAAACCAUGACUUCCAUUAUGAGGAUGCCUGCCAGAAUAGAAGUUAAUCCAUCAGUUCCAGUUAUCAAUAAUAGAGAAGGAGAUAUCAAAAUGUUCUUGACUUGUAAACCAUCAACCUUUUCGGAAGAAAGAGAUCCAGUCAAAGCAAUGUGUUAG